UGUCCUUCUUUUGCAGAAUUUCUAAUUUUGUAAUAAUCGUUACGCGUAUCGAUGUACAAUAAAUCGAUUCCAAUCAGACACGCCCUUUGAUUGACACUGAACGCUAUGCUAACAUAUAUUUAUGGGGUAUUGUUAGAUUCGAUACCAUUUAAUAGUUGUUUCCUUUUGCAGGAAAUCUAUUCAAGAGCGUGUUGAAAUCAAGCUGAAGUGUGCUCAUCAACAGGUUUCAGUCAUGUGUAAGCCUAAUGUGUUUUAGUUCCGAUAUUAUUUAAAGCGCAUUGAGCUGAUCGCCAGAUCAUUGCAUCGUGAUACUUCUUGUUGGAAACAGAAAAGUUUCUAAAGCAGAUAAGCCUACUGGAAGAAUGACUCUAUUUCUGAGGAAGUGGGACCUGAUAGUUAGCCUGAUGUGCGGACUUAGCAUAGCCAAAUCUUUUGCUCAUGGCGCUUCUCAAUUCGUAGCUCCCCAUGAGGUGAUGAAGAGACAAACAAAGUCUGGGUUCACGUCCACAGAGAGUUCGGACAUAGUGACUCGCCAUAACAAGUUGAGAACUGAUGAACCCAGCUCUGACAUGUUGACAAUGGCCUGGAACUCAGCUCUAGAGAGCAAUGCUCAAACACAUGCAGCUAAAUGUAACUUCACACACAGCACUGGAGAGUUCAGGUCAAAUGUGGGAGGAUUUUCGUAUGCGGGAGAGAAUCUGUUCGCAUCAUCAGGAACUUUGAAUGUGACUAGUUUCGUAGACGGUUGGUACUCGGAGAAAAAGAACUACAAUUUUGAUGCCAACAGCUGUUCCGGAGUAUGUGGACAUUAUACACAGGUGGUGUGGGCCAACUCUUCAGCCAUUGGAUGUGGUGUUCAGAUGUGUCCAGUUCUUGCGAGCACAGACUUGAAAAACAGCUACUUUGUCGUCUGCCAGUAUGGACCCGGAGGUAAUAUCGAUGGGAUGAGGCCAUAUACUAAAGCUUCAUCGUCUGCACGUUUCCCGCCAAAUGUAACUCUGAUCAGUUGUCUUCUCCUGCUUUUGAAUAUCUUUUUGGUUGGACAUAAGUGAAUUCUGACACUAUAACAAACGAAAUGUUAUGGACUUAAUGGAACAAACAGUCUUGUUCAUUUUUACUUUAUUUUUUUUUUCAUGUCUAUAGUUAAUAUCCAGUGGCGUAGCUAGGGUGGGGAGGGAGGUCCGAAGUCGAAAGUCCCACCGAACCCCAUAAAUGAAUGUACUAUUUUUUUUGUUUACAUUAAAUAUUAAAUAUUUCGACACUGCCAUGUAAUCUUACUAUUCAGGUGAAGUAAAAAAUACUAGACAGCAUCGAUCUACAUGAUGUUAUAGAUGUCUUUACUGCACAGAAAGCACGACGUGAGGCGUUUUGAAUGGACCUCAUUCACUAACCGUAAACAAACAAUAUUUAGCCACGUGGUGCUCUAUCUCUUCUAUAUAAUUUACGAGCUCAUGUUUAAUUCAUGAUGGAUGUCACGUGACAGUUUUUUUUCGUUGUUUUAUCAAUAUGAUCACGUGACUAAAUGUUGUUUGUUUACGAUUGGUGAAUGAGGUCCAUUGGGAUUUGUCACUUGUCUCGCCAAUAAACUACGGUAUUAGUCAUUAAAAGAGGUUUAAUUUUUUGGUUCAUUUUACUUCUAUACUGUACCAAUUGGAAUUUAGACUUGUAUAUUUGUUAAGUACAUUAUCUCAUGUCAUGAUGUCGAAUGUCGAAAUGCAGGGGUUCUAAAAAGGAUAAAUUCCCGACCCCCCGGCCCCCAAAUUUCUAACUACGCCUUUGUUACGAUCUGUGAUAUAUCUAUUUACUUUAGUUAUUGUACACAUAUAUAUAUGUGACUCAGUUUAUUUUUAUGACUUGUGACAUUUUUGUCAGUCCAAUAAUUUAAUAAUUAUAUUAAUAUGAUUGUUAAAAAUAUUUGUUUUCAACGCAAUUAUGUAGAUGAAGCAUAAGUAUUGUUGACAGAUGGCAAACUAUUAUUAUGAACAUUAUGCACCUCUAUUCAGUUUUGACGUAAGAUUUAUUAUUUAAGACAGACCGCUGAAUCAAUAAGAAAGUCAACCUUGAUCUUCGAGCUACUGCCAUCUUGUAGCUGAGUUGAACACAAGAUACAGAAACAGAAGACAUUAAAAUGUUUGAUUUGUACUACUCUGUAAUGUUUUAAGUUUAUUUACAAAAGUGCCUCAACAUUUAUUUUGUAAAGCAGAACUGUGAUUUUAUUACUGUAAACAUUAUUUUUCAUUUAUUCAUAUUGUUGUUUACUUUGCCAUUCUAAUUUUCUUUUUUUUUUUAACAAUGACACUAAUUGAUAUGUUUUAUAGUUGAACCUAUUUAAACAUAGCCAACACUGCACAAACACUGUGGUGAAUAAGCCAAAAAUAAAUGUCCCGUAAUAUAUAUA